AUGAAAGCAGGAAUCUCGGUCUCCAUCUUCACUCUUCUGACAUCAUUCCUCUCCUCCGAUGUUUCCGCCCAACUCCCUAGCCAAGACGAUGAACAAAAUUUGAGUACCCUCUUGCACUCUAAGACGCAAGCAUGCAAUGAAAACGGCAUGGUCUCCGCUUGGUGUGACUCUUCCAUGUCGGCCGUGGAAUGUUUGAUUCAUCCCGAAUCCAACGUCUACGCUUGCAUGUGCACGGAUCCAUCCUCUUGUCCUGACGAGUGCAUCGAAACGACCGACGGAGACGAAAAUUCCCGUCUCGUCAAAAAGAGUCACCAUGGAAUCAUGUGCCAUGGCAUUCCCCAAGACGAACCUAACUAUGUACUAAAACACUCUGCCGAUCAACUUCCAUCUCUUCAUCACUGCGAGAACAACGCCCUCGUUGCGAACUGGUGCAAUGAAGUGGAUUUUCCAGGAGUCAGUUGCUUGGUUCUGCCCGCUUUGGACGAGUAUGUCUGUACCUGCAUUGGGCGAACUGCUGCUUGUCCUAGCGAGUGCGUAAAUGGUGAAACGGCAGAUCGCAAAACCCACAAUGCGAUUCGCUGUCGCGGAAUUCCCGUCGAUAGUCCAAAUUAUAUUUUGGAAUAA